AUGCGUCUAACACACACCCCAGACAGCCUCCCCCUCAAAUCCGACCAUUGGUCCCACAAGCACCUCACCCCCUCCAAAGGCGGCGGACCCUUCGGGGUUAACGCAUACUGUAAGAGUCGAGGUUGCUAUUGCGAGGGGAUGAUGGGAGAGAGGGAUGAUGAUCUCGAUGAGGAGUCUCAGGCGGAUGAGGAGUUUGAUUGGGACGAGUUUUAUGCUAGUGAGCAGGAAGACAAGGAGUGA